AUGCCGGGCGGAGCCUGGGCACGGCUGGUGACCGCGCUGUUGCUCCUGGUCCUGGGGGAAGGCCAGCAAGCUCCUGAGUGCUCUCCUGGGGGCCACCAGCUUCUUCAGAGUCCUUACAGAAGUGUUCACUUUGACUCAGUGUACCUCCAGCAGUCAGCUGCUCAAGACCUGAUCUGUGACCAUUCUCUCACUUCUGGAUGGUACCGAUUUCUCAUCUUUGAUAAACCUGCUGAGAUGCCAACCAAAUGUGUUGAGAUGAACCACUGUGGAACACAGGCCCCCCUCUGGCUGUCUCUGGGUGAUUCAGAAACACUGCCCCUUCCUGGAGAGAUCAAGCAACUGACAGCUUGUGCCACUUGGCAGUUUCUGUUCAGCACUGAGAAAGACUGCUGCCUCUUUCAAGUCCCCGUGUCUGUUAGAAACUGCGGAGAGUUUUUUGUGUACUUGCUACAACCCACUCAGGGAUGCAUGGGCUACUGUGCUGAAGCUACUUCUGAUGUCAAGUUAUACACAUGUGGCCCUGGAGAAAUAGAAAUUGGAGGUGACUGUAUUGGCCAGCUCUCCACCAUAUCACCCCCUCCACCUCCAGGCAGGCCAAAGGUUACAGUGGAGCUGUUUGGCUCCCAGGUGUUUUGUAGGUGUGCUUUUGAUGUUUCCCCCACAAACAACUCAGUAGGAUUUCUCAUAGCCUGGUCUAGGCUUUCCUCCCAAGGAAUCAAAGAACAGCUGACACAAGAGAGCACUCUUCAGGCAUUUUCUCUUCUAGAACUUGAUGGCAUAAAUCUCAGACUUGGAGAUAAGAUAUUCUGCAGUGCUUCCCUCUUUUUCUUGGAGAAACCAGAUGUCCAAAGCAUAUCUGUGGAAAGCCAGGGAUUUUUUGCAGGAAUUAAGUUAAAACCUGAACUGAGCACUAUAUCAGAAGAUGGGAAGGAAUACCAGCUGAGGGUAGAGAGUACAAUUCCUAUUGCUUGCUCUGAAUUUAGAGAGCUUGAUGAAGGAUGCAAAAUCUCAUUAAAACUGAGAACCGUCCAACAAGGUAAAGAACACCUGGGUUUAAAUUUGGCAUUAUCUUCCUGCCAUGUGGACCUUCACCAGAACUCUCCUUGUGACAGUGGAAUAUGUAGCCAUGCUGUGGUGCACUACACGGCUGUGUCAGACUUUUCCCCAGAUGGAGACAGAGUUACAGACAUCAUUGUGGAACCUAUAGUCAAUGACGAUUUCCUGUGGGACAGAUACACUCCAGACAGCAUCCAGAUAAAAGUCAAGGACGUCCCAUCUGCUUACUGCUAUUCAUUUACUGACCCACACAUAAUAACCUUUGAUGGCAGGAUAUAUGAUAACUUCAAGACUGGGACAUUUGUGCUUUAUAAGAGUAUGUCACGUGAUUUUGAAAUACAUGUACGUCAGUGGGACUGUGGAAGACUUCACUAUCCUGUGUCAUGUAACUGUGGUUUUGUUGCAAAAGAAGAAGCUGAUGUAGUUACUUUUGAUAUGUGCAGUGGUCAGUUACAUGAAUCUCCACCACGUUUAUUUGUGAAGAGCCAAGGUUCAUCAUCAAGCAAUAUCAGAAUCACUGAAUCUUAUUUAGGAAGAAAGAUCACGAUUUGGUUUUCCUCUGGAGCAUUCAUCCGUGCUGACCUCAGUGAGUGGGGUAUGAGUAUAACGCUCAGGGCCCCUAGUUUAGACUACAGAAACACAUUGGGGCUUUGUGGCACCUUCGAUGAAAACCCAGAAAACGAUUUCCAUGACAAAAACGGGAUCACAAUUGACCAUGACGUCAACAAUUAUAUUGCUUUUAUCAAUGAAUGGAGGCUUUUACCAGGAAGAAGCAUGUUUGACAAAAUUCCAGCUUCCCGACAGUUUCCAGCGAAACCAUUCUACUGCAGCUGCCUGCUGGGUACCGCCUCGCAGCAUCUGCUUUCUUACCAUCUGGACAGUGGAUCUCACUUAGAAGUGGCUUCCAGCUGCAAAGACCGCAAGCACAUCCUGUUCUCUUCCUUGAUACCAGACCUAGAUAUCACCUCUGAAUAUAUCAAUUCAGGAGCUCUUGUUAGAAAAAUAAGCACUCAUGCACCUAAGGAAGAAGAUAAUUUGAAUUUCUUACUACGAGAAGAAGCCCAUACAAACCUAACCAAACUGGAGUUAAGUUUGGGGCAUCCUGGGAAUGAGACACAAAACCCACUGAAGUAUUUCAGUAAUCAGAGGCACACACAGGACCGGGAGAUGAAGAAGAAUUCACACAACAGAUGGAAACGACAAAACUUGAAGGAUUUUCUUCCCAUAUUUGCUUCCCAGAGUCUCGGACAAGCCAACCUGGAAGAGAUUUCUUAUUUUUUCCCCGAGGACCACACUGAGGACAGCCAUCAGGAGUUUGUCGCCACAUGGCCCACAGCUUCGGGCCUCACUGAACUGAGCACCAUGGCUCUCUGUCAGCGGACCUUAGCCAACUCCAGCAUCGGAAGGCUCUGCCUUCCCUUUCUUGGCAGGGCGCUAACCCAUGUUAUGAACAUGUGUGUGAAGGAUGUUCUGUUGAAGGACGAUGUGAGCUGGGCAGAAGCAGGAGUGGCCUUGUUAGAGAAUGAGUGUGAGAGAGGGGUUUUAGAGGAAGGAAAACACAACAUAGAAGAAUACAGGAAGUCAAUAGGAGGCAUUCUCGAAGUGUUAAAAUGCCCCCAUCUGUGCAGCGGCAAUGGGCAGUGCAUGGACUGGGGCUGUGCCUGUUUCCCAGGCUACAGUUCCUAUGACUGCAGUGACUCAUAUGACAUAGCUCCUGAAGUUACAGAACUUGAGAAUGCGGGAUUCUGUGAUAUUCAGAAGCAGAAGUGUGCUACAGUGAGAGUUUUUGGUCAAGGCUUCAAAGAAUCACCUUCCAUCAAGUGUGAAGUUACUAAACUGGAGUAUAAUGACAGUAAGUGGGUUCUCGGAGCAAGUGUCUACACACAGACAGUCUUUCAAGACAGCAGAAUGGUUGAUUGUCACCUACCCACAGACGGCCAGCAUUCUAAUACCAUGGAUCUGAUGGGGGAGAAAUCCUUUGCAAAGUUUCAAUUAAAGGUAUCUAAUGAUGGUUAUGCAUUCAGUAAUCCCAAGAUAAUGAUUAUAUAUGAUGGUGCUUGUCAAGUUUGUGACCCCUAUGUAAAUGACUCAUGCAUUAUGAAGGAUAAUGUUUGUGUUAUUGAUGGUCUCUGCUACACUGAAGGUGAUAAAAACCCUACCAGCUCUUGUUUGAUUUGUAGACCCCAAAUAUCAAAUUCUACUUGGUCAUUUUUAGACAACAACCAGCCUCCUGUGAUUCAAGCACUGCAAGACAAAUUACAGGCAUUUUAUGGAGAAGACUUUGAGUACCAGUUAAUGGCCUGGGAUCCAGAAGGCUCUGAGAUACAUUUUACACUGGAUUCCGGUCCUGAUGGGGCAGGUGUUUCCUCCAAAGGACUUCUUACAUGGAAAACAGAGUCACUGACUCCUCAGAGAUUCACUCUCCGUCUUAAGGAUGACUGUGAGGCUGAAACUACAGUCACAAUUGAGGUGACUGUGAAGUCUUGUGACUGCUUGAAUGGUGGCUCAUGUGUGUCUGAUAGGAAAUUUCCUCCAGGAAGUGGAGAAUACCUGUGUGUCUGUUUGCCUGGUUUCCAUGGUGGUCUUUGUGAAGUUGAUGCCAGUGGGUGCCAGUCAAACCCUUGUGGUCUUGGCAUAUGUAUUAGAAACUUAAACAGUUACUCUUGUGACUGUCCUUCUGGGCUAACAGGCAAGCACUGUGAGAAAGAUGUUGAUGAGUGUGACUCCUGGCCUUGUUCCCCAGGUGUGAAGUGCCUCAAUAUCGUUGGCUCCUAUCGUUGUGGCUCAUGUCCUAAAGGAUUUCAUGGUGAUGGGAACACAUGUCAUGAUUCAAGCUUUCAAUCCCCAUCAAAGGAGCAUUUACUAUCAAGUCCAGGCUUUACUCAGAGUCCUGCUACAACUACCAACGAGUCCUUAAACUCAAUAGGCACCUCUCACUUUUCAAUAAAAUCAGUUACAACUCAAAUGGAUAAUACAAAGAAGGAUAUUUCUCAUCAGAUACCUGCUUAUGAGCAUGUGGAUCAUAUUCUCAGUACAAAUCUUACUCUCAACGAGCUAGAAAUUCCUGCACAUAAUGGUACCUCUUUAAGCAUCAAUCCUAACAAUUAUUUUGGGAAAAUAAGAGAUGCUAUCCAGAGUACUGUUAAAACAGAGACAGGAGAGCAUAAUGCUCAAAUCAGCAACCCUUUCCAAGGUUUCACUCAGCAUGACUUUACAUCAUCGACUACUAAAGAAAUCACUAUUUUGCCAAAGAAGUUUGAAUCAAUCAAAACAUCAAAUUGUACAGAAUCAUCUUGUUUCCUUGGUGUUUCCUGUGUGCCAACCAUAGACGGUCAUUUCAAGUGUGGACGCUGCCCCUCUGGGUAUUAUGGAGAUGGCAUCAAUUGCAGAGCAUUUUGUAGACAUUCAUGUGGAAGAAACAGGGAAUGUGUUGCCCCAAACAUAUGCAAAUGUAAACCCGGUUACACUGGUUCCAACUGCCAAACUGCCAUCUGUCACCCUGUUUGCAAAGAACAUGGAAAAUGCAUUAAGCCUAACAUCUGUGAAUGUCCUCCAGGGCUUGGUGGAGCAACCUGCGGUGAAGAACAUUGCAUCCCUCCUUGCCAACAUGGGGGCACAUGCUCUCCUGGCAAUCUUUGCUCUUGUGCUUACGGAUUUGUAGGACCAAGAUGUGAAACACUGGUCUGUAACAGGCACUGUGAAAAUGGAGGUGAAUGUGUUGCACCAGAUAUUUGCCAGUGCAAGUCUGGCUGGUACGGACCCACCUGUAGUACAGCUCUGUGUGAUCCUGUUUGCCUCAAUGGUGGUUCCUGUUAUAAACCAAACACUUGCCUCUGUCCUGAUGGAUUCUUUGGUGCACAGUGCCAGAAUGCUGUCUGUCACCCUCCCUGUAAGAAUGGUGGCCACUGUAUGAGAAAUAAUGUGUGCACCUGUCGUGGUGGGUACACCGGGAAGAGAUGCCAAAAAAGCAUCUGUGAGCCUAUGUGCAUGAAUGGAGGAAAAUGUGUGGGACCAAAUAUUUGCUCCUGUGCUUCUGGUUGGAGUGGGAAACGGUGUAACACACCAAUCUGCCUUCAGAAAUGUAAAAACGGUGGUGAAUGCAUAGCUCCCAGCAUGUGUCAUUGCCCUUCUGCCUGGGAAGGGGUACAGUGUGAGAAACCCAUUUGUACCCAGAAGUGUCUUCAUGGAGGAAGAUGUGCAUUUCCUGGUGUAUGUUCUUGCCGCACUGGAUACUCUGGAAUCAAAUGUGAAAGAAAGAUCCAGAGGAAGUCUCCAUUUUUUCACCUUGGGAACAAAGAUGAGAAGAAAGCCAAUCAGUUAACUUACGAUCAAGUAAAAGCUCUUGGUACGAGCAAAUCCUCGACACAGAACCAGAGUCCAGUAGCUGCUUAA